AUGUCUUAAAUUGUCGUUCGUUUCAUUAUUUAGAUUUAAUUAAAGCAAAAUAAUUAUUUCUAAAUUCAAUUUAAAAAAAUUUCUCUUGAAUUAGAUAAACAAUUUUAUAAGCAAAAAAAGGAUUUAUUAAUUAAAAAAAUCUAAAUAAAAAAUAUAACUGGAGUAUACUAAUAGAACCCUUAUAACAUCAACUUAGGAGAACAAGGUUUAGCAUACAACAAAUAUUGUUCAAGACAUGUAGAAUUUGAAGAAGGAAAACCGGGAGCAGGAGGAUUCGCAUUUUUAGGGAAAGCCAUCAAAUUCCGAAUAAAAGCAUUAAAAAAUGAAGCAAAAUUGCUUAAGCAUUAUCAUAAUCUUGAAAUAAAUAAAUAUAUUUGCAUAUUUAAUAUUUACUUCUUAAUUGUUUGA